GCUGAGGACCAGAUCUCGGUGAAGGUGGACGAGAGCGGCUGGGCCUGGAUGGUUUGUGGAGAGAGACUGAUCAUCUGGAAGAUCUGCCAGACCGCCGUCGCCAAGCUGUCGGUGUGUAAGGAGCUGCAGCUGCCCAGCAGCGAGUACAACUACACAGCCGACCUCGUGGCGGUGUCGUCCGGCGCUCCUCUGGAGACGGCGGCGGUGCAGUCCAUCUCCGUCCUGGCGGUGUCUGUGGAGGGAACGGCUCGCCUGUGGCCCAGCAUGGCCCAGGAGGGCAACUACACCGAGGCCGACGUGGACCUGGGAGACCUGUGCAACUUUGUUGUCGCUGUCCGUGGUGGAAGCUUCGUCUUGUCCUCAGAGAAGAGUCGUCUGCUGAGAGCCAGCGUGGACUCCUCGGGGAGGCUGCAGCACCGAGCCCUGCAGCAGGGCCAGGGCAUGCUCUCCGGCAUCGGACGCCGCGUCUCCAGCCUGUUCGGCAUCCUCUCGCCACCCGCCAACGACACGGUGAGUCACGCUGACGGGUUCUCACUGUAA